CAUGGGCGAAAAAAUUAAAAAUUAUACAUACAUGAUACAUUGUUUUUGUUUAUUAAUUAUUCAAGAAAUUCAAUAAAGUGAUCCAAUUGUAGAUUUUUAAUGUUUAAAUUAAGUAUUAUUUAGCAUUGCUUAUAUAGGCAGAUUUAUGUAAUAAAUAUUGUAUUUCUUGGUAAACAUAACCUUGGCUCCGUAAUGAGUGAACCAAACAAAAAUACAAAGUUUAAAGAAUUAAAUCUAACCAAAGAAACAUAUAAAGCUAUUAAAAAUGUAGGUUUUAAAUAUGUGACAGAAAUUCAAGCUGAAGUUUUACCCAAAGCAUUAGAUGGAACUGAUAUUGUAGCAACUGCGAAAACUGGUUCUGGGAAAACUCUAUCAUUCCUAAUUCCUGCUGUGGAAUUAGUAUCCAAGCUUUUAAAUGAAGCACCAUCAACCUACUGUAUUAUUGUAUCACCUACUAGAGAAUUGGCAACACAAACAUAUAAUGUUUUACAAGAUCUUAUCUGUUUUCAUGAAGGAAUUACUUCUGCCUUAAUAAUAGGUGGAGAAAAUAGAAAAGCACAGAGCAUACUUUUAGCUGACAAUGUACAUAUAGUAGUAGCUACACCGGGUAGACUCUUUGAUCACAUGAGAACAAAAGAAUUUGAUUAUAAAAAUGUCUCCUGUCUUAUAUUAGAUGAGGCAGAUAAGAUAUUUCAAUAUGGCUUUGAAGAGGAUUUAAAACAAAUUAUUAAUAGACUCCCGAAGAAUAGACAAACUAUGCUAUUCAGUGCUACUCUGUCUGAUACAACUGAGGCCUUAAUUAAAUCUGCUAUGAAAGAAGAUUAUUACUCUAUUAACACAGAUGAAGACAAUGAUAGGGCUACAGUAGAAGGACUUAAACAAGGGUAUGCAAUAUGUGAAACAGAGUAUAGACUUUAUUGGUUACAUAAAUUGUUGAAGAAGACGCUAAAUCAAAAAAUAAUGGUGUUUUUUUCAAGCUGUAAAUCGGUUGUGUUUCAUCAUGACUUCUUGUCGAAAUAUUGCAACAUGUCCGUUCUUUGUAUACAUGGUAAAAUGAACCAAGCAGAUAGGACAAGUGUGAUCUCGGAGUUCUACUGUGCUGAUAAAAUGGCAUUAUUCUGCACAGAUUUGGCCGCCAGAGGUCUAGAUAUACCAGCUGUUGACUGGAUAGUCCAGUUUGAUCCUCCGGCUGAUACUAAUGAAUACAUUCACCGAGUGGGAAGGACAGCUAGAGGUUUAGGCGCUGAAGGCCGAGCCGUGUUAUUAUUGAGACCAGAGGAAAAAGAAUUCAUAGAAUAUCUCAAAGAAGCGAAAGUCUUUUUAGACAAAUACGAAACAUGGGACAAAUUUAGUAAUUUACAACCAAAGCUGAACGAAGCAUUACAAGAUCCAGAUUUUCACAAAAUGGCGGUGGAAGCAUUUCAGGGGUACAUAAGGGCAUUUGAAGUGAAAAAGUUAAAACAUGUUUUUAACUUACUUAGUAUGGAUAUGGACGCAGUCGCCAGAUCUUUCGGUCUUAAGGAGAAACCAGACGUUGAUAUCCAACAAAAAACCAAGAAAAAUCAAGAUGUCAAGGAAAAACAAAAAACCACUGAAAAACGAAAAAACAAAAGAAGAAAACAAAACUCAAAACUCUUUAUUGCCACACUUAAUGUCAGAAGCCUAAAAUCAACAGAGCGACUUAUAGAGCUAGAACAAGCAGUAGAAAAAAUAAACUGGGAUAUAAUUGGAAUUUGCGAAACUAGAAGGGAAGAAGAAUACAUAAAGGAAAUUGAUAAUAGAUAUAUACACUUUAACAAGGGCUUGGGGAAGGGAAGGAAUGGAGUUGGGUUUAUAGUAAAAAUGGGACUAAAAAACAAAGUUAAGCAAUUUAUAGGCAUUUCCGAUAGAAUAGCUAUAUUAGUUAUAAAAUUACCAGGAUACAAAAAGGACUGGACAAUAGUCCAAAUAUACGCACCACAUGAACUAACAAACGAACAGGAUAAAAAUUUGUUCUACGAAACACUUACCUCUACAUUAGUAAAUAUUAAAUAUAGUAAUCUAAUAAUAAUGGGAGAUUUUAAUAGUCAACUCGGAAAAUACACUGAAAAAGAAAAAGGAAUCAUGGGCCCACAUAGCUUUGGUAAAAGGAAUGAGAAUGGAAAUAGAUUAAUAAACUUUGCAUUUGAAUUUAAUCUAACUAUUACAAACACUUUAUUUAAAAAAAACAAAAACAGAAAAUGGACUUGGGUAUCUCCUGAUGCUAAAACCUAUAACGAAAUAGAUUUCAUUCUUACAAACAAACCACGUGUAUUUAAAAAUGUACAUGUAAUAAAUACCUUUAAUUUUAAUUCAGAUCAUCGAAUUCUAAGAGGGAUUAUAAAAUCAACGAAAAAAAGACAUUUCAUAAAAUUAAGAAACUGGGAGAUACCACUCUCCAUUCCUGAAAAUGUAUUAGAAGAUUUUGGGGAGAAAUUAAAAACGGAAAUAGAAAACAAUGAAAAUGAAGAUAUACAAAGUAAAUACAAUAUAUUAGAAAAACACCUAGUAGAAUUACAGGAUAACUUAAAAUACCAUAAACAAAGAAGAAAUCUUGGUAACGAAACGAUAAAGCUAUUGAAUAUAAGGAAAGGGCUAUUAUUAGAUCGCAAAAAUUACAAUAAAGAAAUACAAGACAUAAGUAAAAAAAUAAGUGAAAGCAUUAGAAAACAUAAAAAAAAGAUUAGUUCGGUUAUUAUAAUAGAACACAUAGAAAGAACAGGAAGUGUGAAAAACGCACAGAAAACUUUGAAACUUGAAAAAAAAUGGAUCCCUAAAUUAAAAAACAUAAAGACUGGAAAGUACAAUACGGUAAGAAGGAACAUAAUAGAGACCGCAACGGAUUUUUUUAAAAACUUGUAUCAAGAUCAAGAAACAGAAACAAUAUACUACCAAAAUGAAACCAAACGGGAAGAAGAACAAAUACCCCUAAUACUACCAAGUGAAGUGGAGAAAGCUAUAAAAACACAAAAAGACUCUAAUGCAUCAGAGGAAGGUAACAUAGAUAACAAAGUAAUUAAGGGAACUAUGCCAAAAAUAUUACCAAUAAUAACAAAAAUAUAUAACGAAAUUAUAGAGACAGAACAAAUACCACAACAAUGGACAAAGAGUACUAUUACGCUGAGACAUAAAAAAGGAGAUACACAUUUAAUCGAAAACUACAGGCCAAUCAACCAAAUGCCAAACUUAUAUAAAAUAUUUUCAAAAAUUAUUCUGAGUAGAAUCACACAUAAAUUAAAUGAAUCACAACCAAGAGAACAAGCUGGAUUUCGAAAAAACUUCUCAUCAUUAGACCACAUACAUGUAAUAAAACAACUUGUUGAAAAAUGUAUCGAAUACAACCAACCAUAUUAUAUAGGUUUCGUAGACUACAUGAAAGCAUUGGACUCGAUCAAACAUGAAUAUCUCUGGAUUGCACUGAAAGAACAGGGAAUCAAUAACAAAUAUAUAAAUAUUAUUAAACAAAUCUACAAAAAUAUUACUGCAAAAGUAAAACUGGAAAGAGUAGGGGAAGAAUUCCAAGUAAAUAAAGGUGUGAGACAAGGAGAUCCACUAUCACCGAAACUAUUUUCCGCAGUGUUGGAACAAAUCUUCCGUAAAUUAGAUUGGGACACGCAAGGCAUGAACAUCAAUGGGCGACGUCUACAUCACCUAAGAUUUUCGGCUAACCUAAUCAUAACAGCUGAAGAUCCGAUAACAUUACAAAAAAUGUUUCAAGAUUUAGCCCAAGAAAGUGCAGUGGUGGGCUUAAAAAUAGACACAAAUGAAACUAAAAUAAUAAGUAACAGGGCGCAUGAAAAGAUAGAAGUAGAUCAAAAAGUAAUCGAAUACGUAACUGAAUAUACAUAUCUAGGACAAAUUAUAUCCCCCAAGAACAUGACGGAUAAAGAAGUAGAACAAAGAGUAGCAAGUACAUGGAAAAGAUACUGGUCCCUAAAAGGUAUUAUGAAAAAUGACGAAAUACCUCAGAGACUUAGAAUCAAAGUUUUUGAUAUAUGCAUUAAACCUUGCCUGACUUACGGAUGCCAAACAUGGUCAAUAGCACAAAAAAAUAUACAAAAAUUGAGAGUGUGCCAGCAAGGGAUUGAACGAAGCAUGUUAAAAAUCAAAAGACGGGAAAGAGUAAGUCUAGUGAAAAUAAGAAAUAGGCCGACACUAGAAAAUAUAGAAUACAGUGUGAAACAAUUAAAAUGGCGAUGGGCAGGCCAUACGCUAAGAGAUAAUACAGGUAAAUGGACCAAAGAUAUUAUAGAAUGGUAUCCAAGACAAGGCAAAAGAAACCGAGGAAGACCAUUGAUCCGAUGGGAAGACGAUCUUAAAAAAGUAGCAGGCCCACUAUGGAGAAGAACUGCCCGAGACGUAUUACUAUGGAAUAAUCUGGAGGAGGCCUAUGGCGGAAGACAAGCAAACACCGAGAAGAUUGAGUAGUUUUUUUUUUUUUAAAGACAAUUCACACCAAUUGACCUAGUCCCAUGCUAAGCUGGUGAAGCUU